AGUCUUCUUCUGAAUGCCCGGGCACAGGUGACCUCCACUCAGCUCUUCUGCAGGAAACCUCAUCUGCCUCUGCAAACCCUAACCAACAUGGAAACAAUGACAUCUCUGAGAGUGAACUGCUGGCUGACCAUGACUCUGGCCCUGCUGAGUGGAGUCCCUGCAAUGCCGGUGGAUGUGGACCGCAUGUGCACGGCCCCUUCCACGGCUAAGUACCGACUGACGUUUACUGGCCAGUGGACACAGACUGCCUUCCCCAAGCACUACCCUCUGUACAGGCCACCUGCUCAGUGGUCCCCUCUUAUUGGAGUAACUCACAGUUCAGACUAUCACCUCUGGCAAAGGAAUGAGUACGCCAGUAAUGGGGUGAGAGAGUUCUCUGAGAGAGCAGAGGCUUGGACCCUGAUAAAGGAAGUGGAGGCAGCUGGGGAACGGAUCCAGAGCGUCUAUGGCCUCUUCUCAGCGCCAGCUGUGGUUGCAGGAACUGGCCACGCAACCACAGAAUUUGAGGUCUUUGCGAGACACUCUUUGCUGUCCUUCAUUGUUCGCAUUGUGCCAAGUCCUGACUGGUUUAUUGGAGUAGACAGUCUGAACUUGUGCGAGGGCGACCACUGGAAAGAAAACAUAAGCCUAGAGCUCUACCCCUAUGAUGCCGGCACAGACAGUGGUUUCACCUUCUCCUCGCCAAACUUUGAAACCAUUCCUCAAGACAAGGUCACUCAGAUAACCUCAUCAUUCCCAAGCCACCCAGCAAACUCUUUCUACUAUCCCAGAUUGAAGCACCUCCCCCCAAUUGCCAAAGUCUCUCUAACCAAGAUCAAGAACAACCAGAUCUUCAGCUUACCCAUCCAGCCAACACAGUCCAAUCAGAUCCCAAGCGGGAAUGAAAUAGACGGGCCUCUUAUAAAUACCCCUCUGGACUGCGAGGUGUCUGUGUGGUCACCUUGGGGUCUUUGUAAGGGUCAGUGUGGUGAGAAAGGGGUAAAACACAGAACCCGUUAUAUUCACAUGCAUCCUGCAAACAACGGUGCUCCCUGUCCAUCCCUAGAGGAAAAGAGACUCUGUAUCCCUGACAACUGUGUGUGAAUGUAAAUCAGAUGAGCCUCAUCCAAACGGAAGAAUCUGCAGCUUUUAAAUGAGACUUUUUUUAAAAGGGAAUGACCAGAUUCUUUAAGACUUUGAUGGGUGAUUUAACAAGCUGAAACAGUCUAGGCCACAUAUCUCAACUUUAAAAGGAAACUGAAGUAUUCAAAGCAAUGAAAAGACAUUUAAGUUCAUUGCAUAUAAAGGUAAAAUAUAGGGAACUGCAGAUGUCAUCAGCAAAAAAAAAAA